ACUCGUGUUAUAACAACUGUUGCUGAUCUAUACGGUUCUAUAUUGAUCUUCGACCGAACGAAUUUUUCGCGGUUUUACCCAAAUUAUAAAAUAUAGUAGUCUUUCAUUCGAGACAGGAGUGCCCACAUUAAGUUGCAAAGUGAAAUUUGUGACGUAAUUGUUGAGUUAAAACUUCCUCCUCGCCAGUCAAUAAACGGCACGAUAGUUUGUACAGUUGCAGUUUAGAAUGAAGCAUUGGUUGCUUUUCGUUGUUUCUUUUUGUUUGGUUGUGAUAUGCAAAGAUCAUGUUACCUGGCAACAACUUGGUACGAACGAGUAUUAUAUAUAUACUGGUGUGGGGGUUAACUAUUCAGCUGCAGUUAAUGCGUGUACCUCUAUGGGCGCUACACUUGCUCGCAUUAAAACUAAACAAGUUCAAGAUUUUCUGAUAAAGAAGUUAAAAAUGUUGAAUCCAGCUUCGGGCUAUUAUUACAUUGGGUUGAAACGAAUCGAUUCAAGUUCAACAGGAUUCCAGUGGAAUGAUGGGACGAUGAUGACGUCAGGUUAUACGACUUGGGCUCCUGGUCAACCAGAUUAUAGUGGUGGGAUUGAAAAUUGCGUCGAGCUGUAUUAUGUAAUAGGUCAUUCAUGGCAUGGCAAAUGGAACGAUCUAACUUGUUCAGUGAAUAAGCGAUACAUAUGUGAACGUAGAUUAGAAAAAGACACAACGACCCAACAACAAACAACAACAGACACACAGAGGGCCUUCACAACAACAACAAACAACGAUCCACUAGAACAGAUGAAGACAUGUGAAUUCUCAACAAUCCACGUCGUCAUGUCUUCAUUAGGAAGUAUUGUUGGAACGAGUGUCGUAUUUAUUAUUGGAAUCUGGGUUGCUAAAAUUAAGUUUUAAGAUAUCGCGAUGAAAAGUAAUUAAACUUCUGUUUUUGAAACCAUGACGUCAUUGCACCCCCACCCCCACAACAAGAGCUGCAUCUUGAACCGAUAUACGUCACGACAUUAACGAUGGUUACUUCACAUUUGAACCGAAACAAUAGGCGAUUGUGACGUGCCGAAACACGUGAUGCCAACGAAUAACGUAACGUAUCUGACUUUAUCUGUUUUCUUUAUAAAAGUUAAACUAUAUCUAUGGUUAAACGAGGAACUUCUCUUCUUUUUAGACCACAUGCUACCGAUGUCAUUUAGCUUUUUCUCACAUCACCCCGACUACCCAACUAUCUGUCCUUUAUACGAAGUGUUUUUAAAUCCCCGGCGCAGUAAAAACAAGCUACAGUGUGCGACUUAAAAAGGAGGUCCUUACUAUCAUAAGAAUUGUUAAACUCAUACGCCGGGAAUAUUUGUUCAUAAAACAACCAAUGAUCGCAAUGUUUGUCAACUUCAUUCAUUUAUAGUUAAAGCAAUGAUCAUGUACUUUUACGCUGCUGUAUGUAAAUACCAUUGUAAAUGGAUAACAUUAAAAUAAAAUACGAACGCUAUUUA